AUCAGAUAAAAAAAUCAUGGAGCCAUUCUUGUCUGCUUUCUUGAUCUCAUGUUUCCCAACCUUCAACCAAGCUGUUGCAUUCUCCCUCUCUCUCCUCCUUCUCUCCUUCUUCAUCUUAAUCUCAUUCCCCUCAAACCUAUUUUCUUCACCAUGCGGUUUUGCAUGGAGAAACCACCACCAAAACCCUAAAAUCCAACUCAAAAGCCCCAAACUCUCCUGGCCAUUUCUAGGGUUUAUACCCCAAAUGGGCCCCCUGGCCCACCGCAGGCUCGCGGCCGCAGCCUAUGCGCUGAAAGCCACGCGCCUCAUGGGCAUAAGCCUCGGCAUUGAGCGCGUGGUAAUCAGCAGCGACCCUGAGACCGCGAGGGAGAUCCUAUGCGGCAGCGCGUUCUCGGACCGCCCCAUAAGGGACUCCACGCGCCUGCUCAUGUUCGACCGCGCCAUCGGCUUCUCUCCCUCGGGGAGCUACUGGCGCCACCUCCGCAGAAUAGCCUCCACCCACAUGUUCUCCCCGAGGCGAGUGGCCUCCCUCGAGGGCCUCAGGCAGGCCGUCGCGGAUGGAUUGAUCGGACGGGUGGAAUCGGAGAUGGAGGCGAAGGGGUUCGUGGAGCUGAGAGGGAUUCUACAGAGGGCAUCUUUGGACAAUGUGUUGGAGAGUGUGUUUGGGAUUGGGAGUGAAAUUGGGGAUGAGUUGGGGGUGAUGGUUAGAGAGGGGUAUGAGCUGAUGGGAGAGUUCAAUUGGGCUGAUUAUUUCCCGUUAGGGUUUUUGGAUUUCUUUGGGGUGAGGAGAAGAUGCCAUAGGUUGGCAGGUAGGGUUAGUGAAGUUGUGACUCGGAUUAUAAAAGAGAGAAGAAAAGAGGGGGAUUUUAAAGUGAGGGAUGAUUUUCUUAGUGUUUUGCUUUCUCUGCCUCAAGAGGAUCUACUUACUCAUGCAGAUAUGGUGGCUGUGCUCUGGGAGAUGGUAUUUAGAGGAGUAGAUAAUAUUUAUAUUCUCCUGGAAUGGAUUAUGGCAAGAAUGGUUCUACACCAAGAUAUUCAAGCAAAGGUGCGACAUGAAAUCCAAGUCAAUGUUGGUCGCAACAAACGCAUCACGGAAUCCCAUAUUCCGAAUCUUCCGUUUCUUCAAGCCGUUGUCAAGGAGGUGCUGAGGCUCCACCCGCCCGGCCCGUUACUCUCGUGGGCCCGUCUUGCUGUCCACGACGUUCACGUGGACAAAUGCUUCAUCCCGAGGGGGACCACUGCUAUGGUCAAUAUGUGGGCCAUAGCGCAUGACCCGGCAAUUUGGCCCGACCCAUGGGCUUUCAAGCCCGAGAGAUUUAUGGAAAGAGAUUUCUCCAUUAUGGGAUCGGAUUUGAGGCUCGCUCCUUUUGGGUCGGGCCGGCGGGCCUGUCCAGGGAAGGCCCUCGGGCUAGCCACGGUGAACCUGUGGCUAGCGAGAAUGCUGCAAAACUUGGAAUGGCUUCCUCUCCAAACGGUGGAUAUUGGAGAAUGUCUAAAGCUCUCUCUUGAAAUGAAGAAUCCAUUAGUAUGUCGUGCGGUUACCAUAAGUUGAAUUUCUCAACAUAUUAUACUCAAAUGCUUUUGAUUUGCAUGUUGUGUACAAGCUUUAAAGUGUACAAUAUUAUCAAGCUUUAUAUAUAAAUCUUAAUUAGCCCAGUUA